AUGACCAGCCGAUCGUAUAAAGCUCCCUAUAACCGCUCGCUAUUGUUCAUUCUUUAUCCGGCAUUCAACAAGCGCGCAAAGCGUAAAAAAACAAACAAACAAAUACUAUAUACUAUAGAUGCAAUGUCAAUAAUUGAGGAGGAGACCCAAUGGCUGCGCUCUACGAUUCUGCCAAAGAUUCUGAAAGAUGGACGCUUGGUGGACAACUACAGCGAUGCAAAGGCGGGCACCUUUAAGCUGGGAGACAUCAAGAUCGAUGUAAUUGGGCAUGCGGAGGCCUUUAUGCUGACCUUCUGCUACCGCACAACGAUCAACUUUGAAUUCGACGGGGAGAAGCUCCAGCGGAAGAUGGUCGUGAAGAAAACACCGAAAGUGCCUCCAGAGAUGUACGACUCCAUACAGUUUGGACCGCUUUUCACCAACGAGAUUAACUUCUAUACGAAAAUUCUGCCCGAGAUCCAGAAGGUGGCUGGUGGAAAGUUCGCGGCUCCCAAGUAUUACUAUAGCGAGCUGAAUAGGCACUCUGCGGUAAUCAUUUUGGAAGAUUUUGCUGAGCGGGGCUGGCGAGUGACCAAGGAUCGGGUCGGUCUAAGCCUGGAACACGCCUUGAUUGCAGUGGAAUACUUGGGCCAGUUCCAUGGCUUCACGUACGCCAUAAAGCACAAGAAUCCGGAGCAGUUUGGCCAGCUUACGAGUGAGCUAAAGGAAUCCCGCUACGCCAGAGAUGAGAUUAAUCACGAGUGGAACCUCACCAUCCAGACCGGCGUUAAGCGAGCGGCCAAGGCGGUGGCCACCUAUCAGCCACAGAUCAAAGAGGAGUUCGUCAGGAAGUUAUGCUUUUUGAUGUGGGAUUACGUAUUGUAUGGUAAGCAACGCGUGGCGCCCAGGGAGCCUCUGGCCACUCUCUGCCACGGAGAUUAUGUGAGGAACAACGUGGCCUACAAGUACAGGGACCAGCCGGAGGAGAUAUUUUCCACCCAAGUGGUGGAUGGCCAAAUCGUGCGAACCCUAUUGGGGAUCAACAACAAUCCUCCAGAGGAGCCGCUGGAGAUUAUGAUGUUCGAUUACCAAACACUAAGGGUAUCCUCACCCAUGAUCGAUCUCGCAGUCUUCUUGGCGAUAUCUCUUUAUGCCGAUGUCCGAUAUAAAAACUUUGAUGCCAUCUUCGAAAGAUAUUGCUUCUCACUUUAUGGCAGCUAUACAAAGCACACCAAGGGAUCUACGAUUCCUGACUUUAUGAGUCAUGCGGAGCUACUGAAGGAGUACGUCCGUUUCCUGCCUUAUAGUGUAUCUAUUACAGCAAGUUUCCUCAUGAGUCUGGUCGAGCCCUUGGACAUGUCGCCCGAGGAGAUGUUCUCCCAGCAGUUAACGGAUGAGGAGAUCAUCGAGCGGGUGAUGAACCAGGGCGGUGAAGUUGUGAACCGGGAAGUGGCCCACCAGAUUAAGGAAAUGCUGGAGCUGAGCCAAAGGGUUGGGGUUGCCAUAGACGAUGGCAUUGAUGUCGAUCAACUGCCCAAAGUAAAAGAAUCAUAUAACUAAUGUAUUAUUAUUUAUUGUCUACUUAUGAGCUUUAAAAUUGAGUCCAAAAUAAUACUUAAAUUGUACAAAAACACUAUCAUUCCAUUUUAACUACUA